CUCGCGGAACAGUUGGCUUAUAAGGCAGAAAAAUCGAUGCCUCGUCCAACCAAUUCAGCCUCUUUGGGGGACCUUUAAAGCCCCGGCAUGUACAGCUUGCUACCCUAAUGCUGUUCCCCCACAUCUCCUGGAAAACGCUCCCUGCAGACCUCCUGCACCUUUGCUCCCAAUUCUCUUCCGCCGUUUCUCGAGGAAACCAGCGAUGGCAAUGCCCGGACUGCACCAAGACGGUCUCUGGACGUCAAGACCUCAACAAGCACAUGAAGAUACACGCCAAAGCUGCAGAGAAUUAUCUUGUUUGUUCCGAUUGCCCGGUCGUUCUUCUACAAGAAGGCCAUCUUGAUGGACACAGGCUCAGGCACCACUCUGGGAACGAAAAGUACAAAUGCAAGGACUCUCCGGAUUGCAUUUGGGGUGGGAGUACCGAGGAUGCUCUCACCGCCCAUCGGAGAAAGUACCACGGCAAGAUUUCACCUUACAGAGAUAGCGUUUCCAUCGGGACUUGCUGCGAAAACGAACCCACGGUCGAUCCCUCACCUUCACCAUGGACAAACGACUUCGACACUCCGGCCAAUAGUUCCACUCAUGGAGAAAUGUUCAUGGACAGGUCCACCGCUUCUGCGUCUAGCAAUGGAGUUACUCCAUUCGACGGUCCCACACAGGUCACUCCCAGGAAAGAGGAAAUUUUCUUCUGGACUUCCCCCGCGCCAGGCUUUCAACGCGGCGAUCCACGCUAUUCACCAGAGGCCAAACAGCUCUAUCCCGCUGCCAGCGCAGGUCCUCUCGAUGAUGGUCUCGACUCUAUAUCACCCCUAGGAGGAAAAUUGGAGGAGUUCGGUACAGGCACGGGCCCGUUCAUCAACACCGAUCCCCUUCGACUGAUGGCAGACGCGAUGGAGGGUAUGAACGCGUUGAACAGGCUGGUCCCUGCUGAAGCACCCGCUGGUCCCCGUUUCAAGGAACUGCCCAUCGACAGGACUUUCCACGUGUUCCCUACGUCUUCCUCUUGGAACAAGUCGGAAUUUGGAACGGUGUAACGGACGUUUGGAUAUGGAUCGCUUGGAGGCUCUGAAUAAGGACCGAGGAUCUCUGCUUGCUCAAUGUGGACGUCGAAGGGUUCCUCGGAGUGCGCACCAGGAUCUACCAGUGAAGGAUCGAUGAGCGGGGACCGUGGACUUUCAAGUAGCGUAAAAGGUAGGACAUAUUCGUGGACCCUAACGUGGCAGAUCUCUGUAUGGUCGCAAAAAUUUCUUUCCUUUGUGCCGAUUUGGACGACUUCUCGUUAUUAUAUGCUUGGAUCGUGGUAGUUAUUUUUUAUCUUUAUUUUCUGGCAUACGCGGUAUCUACGUGCUUCGGCUCAGUUGAUACUUUAAUC